AUGGGUCGUUACAAGAGCAGGUCGUGUAAUUUGGGAUACAACUCCUGUGAAGAAGAUCGAACUCUUCUUUCAGUUCCUUCAGAUUCGAAUCGUCUUCUCGAAUGGGAAACAGCAAUUCCUCGGCAGAAUUACACUUCAAAAAAUGGCCAAGUUGUUUAUUUAUCGUCCUUCCAUGAUUGGCUCCGACAUUCCAGUACCAGUUUCCUGAUAAGGACACAAUUGCAGUGCAGGGAAAAGGUACUUAAAACUGGUACCGCAAACUGGACUAUUAUAAACGAAGAACAAUUAGCUUUAUGCUCAUUUGAUCAUCUGGCUGGUUUACAGAAAAUAAUGUGUCCAGCGUGUCACACCUUUUCUCCUUCCACAAAAUUUCUACACGAAGUAGUGGAUAACGUAAAUUUACGAAUUUCAGCAAUGCUGAGCGACAUCUUCGACAUACUAAGCACGGAAAACGAUUAAAAUUCACUAACAACACAAUGUAUUAGUUGCAACGUGACCCUAUUGUCGCCGGUCAUCUUUGUUUAAAUCCCCCUUCUGACGUCAUGAUUUCAGAUCCCAUACAAAAUUAUUUUUCUACGAAAAAUGGAAUGGAA